UUUGCACGCUUGAUGUAAAUUCACCCAUUUUAUACACAUACUGUAAUUCUUUACAUCGUGUUAUAUACAUCUAUACAUUGUGUUAAAUAAAUUUAAUCGUUACGUUCGGAUGUGAUUGGUCAGUCCUAGCCAUCCAAUCAGCGCUCAGAAAAAAAAUCGACCAAUCGCGUUAGCGGAUGCUGCUCCGUGGUUUCUACACGUCGUUGCCGGGUACACGUGUUUGCUAUAGAGGUGUAGGUAAGCUAGAAAUGUCAGCAUUAGGACCUCUCAGUAACAGCAUGGCUACCCAGUCCUCUACUAUCUGUUCUGUAUUAACAAAAACUUCCAGACGACGAAAAGUGAAGCAGAAAAACAAGAAAUGUUUAAAGGUUUGCCAGAAAAUCCGCCAGGGACUUAAACGAAAGCAGAGUGAGGUGCUGGAGCAAUGGUGCUUAGACUCUCCACUGGAAAGCACACAGCCUUGGAGGAACAAAAGGACCAGAAAACUUGGUAAUACACAGGAGUCCGAAUGGGCAGAUUCACUGACCUGGGAAGCAGACAGUGGUUUCUCAUCAGAGAUCACUCCCCCCGCCAGCGGCCGGAGUUCCCCCUGCGUUGAGGUUCAGCCUUCCAUGCUGCUGGCUAUGGACUGUGAGAUGGUCGGGACAGGCGUGAAUGGACAGUUUAGUGAACUGGCCCGCUGUAGUCUGGUAAAUUACUCUGGAACUGUGAUCUAUGAUAAGUAUGUCCUCCCUUGUCGGCCUGUGACGGACUACCGGACACAGUGGAGUGGCAUUAAAAAGGAGCACUUGAUAAAGGCUUUGCCCUAUGAAGAAGCGAGAAAUGAGAUUUUACAGAUCAUUAAAGGGAAGAUAAUAAUCGGACAUGCUCUGCGUAACGACUUUGCGGCCCUGGGAAUUAGCAUAUCGCAUGAAAUGGUUAGGGACACUUCCACUUCGCAUCUAUUGCGACAGAUGCAUGGUUCUGUGGGUUGCAUAUCUCUAAAGAAACUGACCGGGACUCUUCUCAACAGGAGCAUACAGGUUGACAGCACUGGCCAUUGUUCUGUGGAAGAUGCUCUUGCGGCUCUGGACCUCUACAAGUUGGUGGAAGAGGAGUGGGAAAAAUCUCUACAGCGCCACGUCCAAAAUUCAGAUCCAAUCACUGAUUCGACAUCCUCUCUGAAGCACUACAUGCAGGAUGAAUACUGGCCUGAUAGUUUAACCGACUGCAGUGAGUGAGAGACCUGUAUGGCAUAGAAGCUUGGACUGAAACCUUACUGAACUUGCAUCAGUCCACUGUGUGGGCUGGUGGCAGAAUUUCCAGUUGUGAAGAAUCAAUAGGAGACCUUGGGUAUGUUUGAGUGUUAGCACUAUGGCCAGCUUUACUACAGGUGUAAACACAGACAUGGAGAUAUUAUAGACAUUAAACACUUUAAUGACAUUUUGAGGCGUUUAACCAUUAUAUAUUUCCAAAACAAACAAUUUGCUUGACAGGUACCAUAGUUCUUGGUGGCAGUCACACUUUUUGGUUAAUAUUAGAGACCAGUGUGCUGUUUACUGUGUUUCCCAACCUUUUUUUGCACACCUGUUUUAUGUAACCACAAUACACACCUUCAAACUCAUGAAUCUUUAGGCUGGUUUAAUGCACCUGGUGUUACUAGGACUCCUGUGGGUAAAGCAAGAAAUAGCUACAGUUGCAAACUUAUUCAACAGGUUUAUUGUCAAAAUUUACAGAAUUUCAGCUGUUUGCAAUGAAAAAUCAAUCAAAAGCCAUUGAAAUAGUUCAACACAACGAAUUCUUCAAGUGGUUUCCCCAAAUUCAACUGAAAAUGCAUCUUAUGACUUCUCCAGUUUCAAAAUUAUUCAACCCCUUCAUGGCAAACAUCUUUAGUACUUUGUAGAGCAGCUUUUUGCUGUUAUAACCUGUAGCAGAUGAGAUGCACAGAUUCUGGCAACAUUUCUGAAGAAUCUUAACCCAUUCCUCAUGAGCAAUGGCCUCCAGUUCAGUAAUAUUCUUGGUUUUGUGUUCUGCAACCGCCUUCUUCAAAUCCCACCAGAGAUUUUCUAUGGGGUUCAAGUCAAGUGACUGUGAUGGUCCUGUGGAAUCUUCCAGGAUGACUUCUACAACCAAGACAUGGUGGAACUUGAGGUAUGCUUGGGAUCAUUGUCCUGUUGGAAGGUCCAGUGACGCCCAAGCUUCAGCUUCCUCACAGGCGGCAUCACGUUUUCUCCUACGAUUUCCUGAUACUUCAAUGAAUCCAUCUUGCCUUCCAGAUGCUGCAGGUUUCCAGUGCCAGAGGAUGCAAAGCAGCCCAAGAGCAUCACCGAGCCACCACCAUGCUUAACUGUGGACAGAGUGUUCUUUCUUUAUUCUUCUUCCUCUAGACAUACCACUGAUCCAUCGUGCCGAAAAGUUCCAGUUUUUUUUCAUCGCACCACAGAACAGAAUCCCAAAACUCCUGUGGCUUAUUUAUAUGAUUUUGAGCCGACUUUUCUUGUGCUUUUGGGUCAGUAGUGGUGUACGCCUUAGAGUUCUGGCAUGGAAACUUUCUGCAUUUAGUACGCGCCUUACUGUGCUCACUGAAACCUCAGUGUCUGUUGCCACCAAGUCUUGCUGCAGGUCUUUUGCAGUCACUUGAGGGUUUUUCACAACCUGCUUUCUCAGAAAUCUGGUUGCAGCCGUUGAUGGCUUCCUUUUUCUGCCCCGUCCAGGUAUUUAAUGUAUUUUCUGCCCAUAGACAGUUCAGGUAUCUCAUGUGUUCCAGCUCAAGCACACCUGGUGCAACUAAUGAAGCACUUGAUUAGUUGCAUGCUUGAGACAACACCUGUUUUGCAUAUUUGUGCUGUUGUGAGGGAUUCUAUUCAGGGGGUUGAAUAAUUUUUUAACUGGAGAAAUCAUAAUAAGUGGCAUUUUCAGUUGAAUUUGGGGAAACCACUUGAAGCAUUUGUUGUGUUGAACUAUUUCAAUUGCUUUUGUUUGAUUUAUUCAUUGCAAACAGCUGAAAGUCUAAAUUUUCACAAUAAACCCGAUUUACAAUGGAGAUUGAAUAAUUUUGAUUGCAACUGUACAUUUGCUUUAGUAAUGACAAAUGUUCUUACCUCCAAACUACAUUACACAGAAUGGGUAUACUUGUUCUCAUAUGAAGUAACGGGUUACUGUAAUUUUUUUCUUAAGACUUGAUGCAACUCACAAGCUUGGUAAAGAUUCCUGGGAGUAACUGCAACAUAGCUAAGUGUGUGUGUGUAAAAUAUAUAAUAAUAAUACAUUUUAUUUUUAAAAAGCACCUUUUAUGACACCCAAGCAAGGA